AAGACGGUUACGAGCUGUUUCGUGUGGCGGAGAAGUCUCACGGCAGCUGGAUGAAGCUCUACAUGGACGGAAACACCUCAGAGGUUCUGGGUAACAUGGGCAAGAAGGUUCUCAAACAGUAUCUGGAGGCUCUGAAGGCCAUGAGUUCAGCCCUCAGCAAACAACUGGGCAAAUAUGACAUGUACUCCAUGAUCAUGGGCAUGAUACUCGUUCUACAGGUUCUGAUCUUACUGCUGUUGGCUAUGCCGGAGGCGUUGAGCAGAGAAGCGGUGGUGGACAUCCCGUUGGCGGCGUCUUUGUUCUCGCUGCCCUUCUACCUGCUGUGUCUGCUGGGCUCCGCCCUGCAUGUGCUCAUCUGCACCUCUGCCGGUGGUCUCUGCUACCUCUGCAGUCUCCCCUGGGUCCUAGUGUUCACCCUCAUCAUCCUCGCCUCCGCCCUGAUGUGUGCUCUGGUUGCAAUGGCGGCAAGGAGGAUGCCCACCAGCACUAAGACCCCCACUAAGGGUUCUGGUUGGACUCUCUCAGAGCUGGACGUUGUGUUGUUGGUCGGGACAGUGGGUCACACGCUCAGUUUGGCCUCCAGCAGCUUCAUCGAGGAGGAACAUCAGACCUGGUUCUUUCUGCUCAACACGUUGUGUCUGGCCGUCUUCCAGGACGUCUGCAGGAAGUACUUCAGAGAACAGGAGGAGGGUGGAGAGGAAGAGUCUUUCUCCUCUUUCUCUCCGGCGGUGGAGCUGGGGAUGAGCGCAGGGUCAGAGAAGUGGUUGGCUCUGGCGACCCCGCUGCUGACCCUGACCUGCUGUCGUCUGCUGAGGUCACUCAAUCACACUGGGGUGCAGUGGGCACACCUGCCUGACUUUGGACACUGGCUCAACAGUGGAGAUCACAAGAUGUUUCUGUCGUUGCUGGCGGCUCUCUCUCUCGCUCUCAUCUUCCUCCUCAUCCAGAGGCAUUGCUCGCUGGUGUCUAAGAUCGCCCUGGCGCUCGGCCUUCUCGGCGUCUACAGCUACCGCGCCGCCGUCGGAAACGUCCUGUUCCCAUGGCAACACAGCAGCCGUGCCGUCUCCAAGGGAACCGUCGAGGCGCGAUUCGUCUACGUGUUUGUCCUCGGGAUCCUCUUCACCGGCGUCAAGGACCUGCUGCGAGCUCAGCUGACGUCCUCGGGUGGAGACGGCGGGCGUCUGAAGAGCAGGGGAUUGUGGGAAGUUUACAGUGGGGUGGUGUUGCUGGUGGCUCUGCUCUUCAGAGCUCAUAAUCUGCCCACGCUGGCCUGCUGUCUGCUCAUUCAGACCGUCAUGGCUCAGUUCAUCUGGAAGAGACUGCAUUACGACGCCGCUCAGACCACCAUCAUGCACUACUGGUUCGGUCAGGCCUUCUUUUACUUCCAGGGAAACUCAAACAACAUCGGGACGGUGGACAUCUCAGUGGGGUUUGUGGGUCUUGAGAGUUAUGUAGAAGCACCUGCUGUUAUCCUCACAGCGUUGAGCACAUACGCUGGACCUCUGCUGUGGGCCUUUCACCUGCUCUGUUACCUCACCUCACAGAGACACAGGGCUGUAAUGGGUCUCGGUCAUGGUAGUUACUGUUUCGCCCUCCUGCGGUCCAUUCCAGCUGUGUUUUAUGUGGUUCUGGUGACGGGUCUGAGAUAUCAUCUGUUCAUCUGGAGUGUGUUUUCUCCUAAACUCUUAUAUGAGGCCAUGCACACUCUCAUCACCACGGCUGUGUGUCUGUGUUUCACAUUCAUGGAUCAGGACCGCUCCGGACGACUAUAAACACAGCCAAACCAAAGCCAAACUCAGGUGCAGAAAGAGGAAGGAUGAAAUCAAACGACUGUGAAGUUUAGAACUUGUGAAUCAAAGCCACAAUGCUUUUACUGAUGCUUCUGAGGUUUUUCCACAGACGUGAAUAAAUGAUAUUUAUAUCUGUUUUUUGGAGUAAUUAAUGGCACAGAUGAUGCCGCGAGAUGUUCCUCUCCUGAUUAUUUGCUAUGCAGUUUUAUUCAGAAAGCUUUACAGACGAAGAUGAUCGUGUGAUGUAUGUUUCCAUUUUUUCUCGUGACCGUCUCUUCACCUCUGGAUUCAUGUGAGAUGUGUUAUUAAUUCCUCACACUUUGAAAUUUUAAGAGAUCUGAAAACUAAAUGAAUCGAUAUUUUAAUGCGGCUACGCAUGACGCUAUGUGUUAUUCAGCCCUGUGGGAACAUCAUUUAUUUUAGUAAGCGCUUUCUCUUUAUCUCCGUCAAUGAAUCUGAUAAAUAAUAAAACAACUCAGUUUAGUUUCAGGUUAAAUUGAAGGAUUUUUUGUACAUGAUUUUCAAUGUGGGAGCUCUGGUUUGAGCCUAUUUGAGUCUUUAGUUUGGUGAAAAGCAAGAAUUUGUUUCGGUUGGAUUCAUUCAUGUUCUUUUUGGUGUGAGCUCUAUGCAAGAAAAACUUAUAUUCAUGGUCUUUUAUGAUUAAAUGUAUUGUGACUCAACUGUAAAUGUAUUAAAUGUUUGGUGGUUGUCUCUAAACCCGGUCAGAUCACGCAGUGUUGUCUCUUCUACUGAGAACAGUGAAAUGAUUGGUGUCUUGUGUGUAAUUUGCACACAAAUUUUGAAUCACAUGUGUGUCUAUGUAUGUUUAUUCAUCAUCACGGAAGGGCUAGUUUACUGUUUCAAUUAUCCACAGAAAAUCUGUAUAAUAGCUUGUGAUGAUAAUUCUGUAAAUGUCCUUUAACCUUUAACCAUGCGGCAGAGUUAUUAAAGUUUGGAUUUAGCUUUAA